AUGGGUUUCAAGGCGACUGACAUCUUUGCCUUGUUCCAUCUGUAUGGCUCCAAGGAGUUCGAUGUCAGCUUUGUCCGGCCGGAGGGGCUAGAGCUCUUCUGGUCUGGGUAUGAGCUGGCAAAGGACACGCCGGACUGGCGUGGUUUACUUGCAAAAGCAAUAACCCGGACUACAAUCCUGGUGCGGUGGCGGUCAAUGAGGGACCGCUAUAAGAAGGACUACAACGAGGAGGUCAAGCGCCCGAGUGGUUCGAGAGCAAGCAAAAAGCGGCCGUACCGCACAUCUAGCAGUUCUCGGGCGCACCAAGCUCCUCGUGAAGUCCUUCCAGAGGCCGGAGCACAAGAGGCGGUCCCCGAAGAGCCGCCCACCGCGGGUCCCUCACGUCCUACUCCAACAGCUGGUCGGGACCUCAAUGUUCCCCUACCUGUGCCCUCUGGCGACUCAACAAUGGCCACAAUGGCACCACUUUUUGAGGCAUUGUUGCGUCGCCAGAGGACCGGUAGGAGCCGUCAGGCGGACUACGAGGAUCUCACAAGGCUCGUUUACGAGUCCUUGAUGGGAUAUACCAAUAGAAUUGCAGCUUUGGAGGAACAAGUGCGACGUCUGCAGGAGGGGGCGGUGCAUACGUCGCAAUUGGGUCCUGUGCAUCACUAUUGGUAUUCCUUGCUCCCCGUGAUGGAACGAUUUACGCCCGACCAGUUGUUUGAGGCCCAAAGACAGGUGGACAGUGUCUUGUGCUUUACCUCCCUAUAA